AUGAAACUAACUAGCCUUGCUACUGCAGCCCUACUGGCCUCCACCUCUUUUGCAAAGAAUAUCCUGCUCACAAACGAUGACUCCUGGGCGGCAACCAACAUCCGCGCUCUCUACUACGAACUCAAAAACGCUGGCCACACGGUUCUCCUUUCCGCUCCAGCAGUCCAGAUGUCUGGUCAAGGAGGAAGAUUUGUGAUCCCAUCCACGAACGUUUUGCAGCAAGACUCAAUUUUCUCGUACAAGAAGGCUGGAGACCCAGCUUGGGGUUAUGAGGAAUCUGACAUCAACAUCUGGUACUUUAACGGUACUCCAGCUGCAUGUGUUGCGUUUGCCUUUGACUACAUUCUUCCAAACUACUUCAACAAUAUGUCAAUUGAUCUGGUAGUUGGAGGACCAAAUGAGGGAACCAACAUGGGAGCCAGAGACUACGUCCUCUCCGGAACCAUUGGUUCUGCUCAUUAUGCUGCCGAGCGGGGAUAUCCUUCGAUCGCCUUUUCGGGUUCGAAUUCAAACAACUCCUUCUUUGAGGAUAAUCUCAACGGAGACGUGACCACUGCUCCAUACAUUUAUGCCAAAGCAGCCACAAAGCUGAUUAACGCUCUUUUCGAUGCCCAAGGUGAUAACGAGAGAGUCUUGCCAUUUGCUACUGGUCUCAACGUCAACUUCCCAGUAGCCGGUUCUGAUCUUGGCUCCUCGUGUCUCGAUGUUGGAUCUUUCCAGUCAACCAGAUUCUCUGGAAACUCUCUCAUCUACAAGAUUGCAUAUGACUCCACCACUGGACUGGUGAGCCAGACCACGACUUCUGGCGUUGGAACCACUGACUGUGUUAACGGCGAUUGCACUCUGGCCUCAGAAUUCACCGUUAUUGGGGCCGAAAAUUGCAUCUCAACCAUCUCUGUAUUUUCCGUUGACCCAGAUGCUCCUCUUGCACUCCAUGAGGAAGCUCAAAAUCUGUUCUCGAGUGUUCUUGUCUAA